AUGCCCGAGCUCGUCCGGGCUGAGGGCAAGCCCGCCUCGCGAGAUGACUCUACCGAUCGCAGUAUCGUCACGCGCAUGAAGCGUUUCCGCACCAACCCUUUCUCCUUCGCGCAUGAAAUCUCACUUUUCAUCCGAGGCAUUGGAUGGCGGGCCUACGACAAUCCCAUCGGACAGCCAGUUUUCUACCCGGGUUACACAUCUAAUGUCAAAACUGCGGUGAUGGCUUCUCCGCUUUUGCGGCGAAAGAUCGUCGAGUUGACCGAGGAACGUUUGAAAGUUGAAGAGAAGGAAUAUCUUUUGGACACCACCAGCCCGACAUAUCUGCCAGAGAGGGAAAAACGAAGACAUGAAAUCACAUCGCAACUGGUUGAGAUCACGGCCGACAUGCUGGAUAAAAUGGUUUGCAAAAUGGAAAGCAAGAUCUACAUUCGAGCAGCUUUUUAUGGAGUCACGCAGCUGCUCACCAGAGCCUACAGCGCAAUCCACGUCUCGGAAGCGGAGGUCAGAAGGCUCCGAGAAGUCGCAACGUUGGCGGCCGAAAAGAAGCAAUCCAUCAUAUUUCUACCCCGACAUACGAGCCAUCUUGACUAUGUCACUCUUCACCUAGUGUGCUAUCGCCUUGGCCUGACUCUACCUGUUGUUGUGGCAGGCGACAACCUAAACUUUCCGCUCGUUGGUAGUUUUCUGCAAAGCAAUGGGGCAAUGUGGAUCAGGCGAAGUUUCGGAAAUGACCAGCUGUAUACGACGCUCGUACAGGCCUAUCUGGAUACUCUGCUCCAACAGGGUCUCAAUCUGGAGUGUUUCAUCGAAGGCGGAAGAAGUCGCACGGGAAAGCUAUUAGGACCUCGCUUCGGCUUCCUCAGGUUCCUUCUCGACUCCGUACUUUCGGGUCGCACGGAAGACGCUUAUGUUUGCCCGGUGUCCUUGCAAUACGACAAAGUGAUAGAGGUUGACUCAUACGUCAAUGAACUCUUGGGAAACCCCAAACAGAAGGAAAAUCUUGCUGACUUCAUCUCGGCGUCGUCUGUUCUGUCACUGAACCUUGGUCGAAUCGACUGCAGAUUUCACGAACCUUGGAGCUUGAAAGAGUUCAUCAAGGAACAGCAAGCACGUCAGGCUCCAACCACUCUCGCCGCAGGCCCCUCAAGUUCGGAUAGUAGAAUUCGGCUGCUGCGGACCCUUGGAUAUCGAGUCCUCUCUGACAUUAAUUCAGCUUCAGUGAUCAUGCCAACGGCACUCAUUGGGACUGUGCUCUUGACAAUACGGGGCCGUGGGGUGGGUAAGUCUGAACUAAUUCGCCGAGUUGAUUGGCUCUGCAGACGUAUAAGGGCAAAUGGGGGCAAAGUGGCAGAUUUUAGAGGGAUGCCCACCUCAUAUGUUGUCGAGCGAGCCCUGGAGGUCCUUGGGCCGAAGCUCGUCGGAACGGUCGAUGGUCUUGCAGAGGAAACCUAUUAUGCUGUUGACCGCUUUCAACUAUCAUUCUACAGGAAUAUGACGAUUCAUCUUUUCAUCUCAGAAGCGCUGAUCGCGGCUGCCCUAUACACCAAGGUCAAACAGGGCGGAGGAAGCGCGAACCAACGCAUGACCGAAGUUGAGUUGAUCGAUAAAGUUACAUUCUUGUCCCAGCUGUUCAGAGGUGAAUUCAUCUUCCCGGCUGGCCAAGGCUUGCGACAUAACUUGGAACAGGCAAUGCAAGGGUUGGUACGAGAUGAUGUCCUCAAAGUUACAGAAGACACUGAAAGAAUGGUCGGUAUAUCCGAUGCUGAGCGGAAAUCAGGCAGAGAGAAUUACGACUUGUAUUGUUUCCUUGUUUGGCCGUUUGUGGAUGCUGCCUGGUUGGGAGCCGUCUCCUUGUUGGUGUUGGUUCCUCCGGCAGGCACUUCCGCGGGCUGGGUCGAUAUGCAAAAGGCUCAGAAUAUGGCUCAGCUUGCUGGCCGCACCCUGUAUCACCAGGGAGACCUGUCUUACUUUGAAGCAGUCAACAAGGAAGCCCUCAAAAACGCCUACACGCGGUUCCAGGAAGAAGGGAUCAUUGACGUAGCGAAGGGUUCAGAGUCGAAGGCAAAGCCUACAGUGCGGCUUGCUCUCGAGUGGACGCCCGAAAGAGAUCCCACGACAGGCGAACUGAGGGCAUCUGGCCGCCUAUGGGAUUUUAUUGAGAAGAUCGCACAAUUCCGUCGGGAAGGGAAAAAUAGACGCGACGGAGCAGCUGUCUCCACACGCGUACUUUCACUGGCGGCGAGGCUCAACCAGCAAAUGUUUGCAAAUGACGCAAUGCCUGUACCGACUGGCGAUCAAAAGGCUGUUAAGGAGCGCAGGAGGCCUUCAAAAUUAUGA